AUGAGGCGUUUGAUUUAUCACCUUAAGAAUGUUUAUCAGAAGCUUGUAAAUCUAGACAGAGCUUUAACUUGUGCUGAUUUAGAUACAUUAAAGGACAUUGUUACUUCAGCACAAGAAAAAGCAGAUAUAUACAAACAGCAGCAACCUAGUACUGUUUUGAGUGACGACAAUAUCAUUGCUAAAUAUCAAAAUGCAUUUAAAGCCUUGACUAAACGCUACAACGUGCCUGAAGUAAUAUCGUCUCUUAAUUCAUUUAAAAUCAUUCUUGUACAAAGAGCUAAAGCAUUUCAAACUGUUGUUAAAAUGGAAGCUGUUAUAAACAAACAAUUGCCACAAAGGCAAAUGACACAAAAAAUCAAAGGAGCAUUACAAUAUCAUGAAAAAAUAGAGGAAUUGCAAAAAGCGUUUGAAACUGCGAAACAGUUGGUUCAGAAAUAUUUAGAUGAUAAAUUAAACAAACAGAAUAUAUCGCAAGAUGAUCCAGAAAAUCCAAUAGGUAUUCAAAAUAUAAAAGCUGGUGAAGCAAUGCAAGAUUUCAAAGAUCUUGGUGAGAAAAUAGAUAAAGAUGUCGAUGUAUGUGAUAUGAUAGCAAAAUUAAAUCUAGAUCAAAAAUGUGUGUUUGAUAAAGUCGUUACAACUGUAAAAUCGGAUAAUUCACCCUUACGAUUAUACGUUAGCGGAGACGGUGGUACAGGAAAAAGUUUCUUAAUUAAAACUAUUAAAUGCUGGAUAAAACAAUAUCUUAAGAAAGAUACUGCCAUAGCAGCUCCUGGCAUUGCAGCGUUUAAUGUUACCGUAUCUGAUCAUGUAUUAAAAGUUUUACGAGCAGAUCUCGAAGAUGUUAUUCUGAUUAUAAUUGAUGAAAUGUCACUGAUAUCUAAUUUGACUUUAAUGUACAUAUAUCUUCGAUUGUGUCAAAUAUUUGACACUAUUGAUUCUGAUGACGGUUGGUUUGGUGAAAAACACAUUCUUCUAUUUGGAGAUUUGUUUCAAUUACUUCCAGUAAACGAUGAUCCUGUUUUUGUGAGCUUAUCAAAGGAAAAAAUUGAUAAAUAUCUUGGUUCAUUGGAGGCCACUAAUUUGUGGAGUAGAUUGUUUGACUACGAUGAAUUAACAAUCAAUAUGCGGCAGCAAGGAGAUGAAACUUAUCGCGAGUUACUAUCGAGAAUAUGUAUUGGAUUAGUGACUCAGUAUACCGUAUGUUUCCUACCUACUUGUCACAUGUUUGACGUUUUUAAUGCGGCAAUGCUAAAUCGAAUUACUUCUGAAGAAAUAGUAUUAAUUGCAGAAGAUAAAAUAAAGUGUCAUCGCUUUGUGGAAAGAAAAGUUGUAAAAACAUUGUCAAGUCAUGAAGAUAAUACUUCAAGAACAGCUGGACUUGCAAAAAAAAUUAUUAUUAAAAUUGGAGCAAAAGUUAUGAUAAGACGUAACAUUGAUGCUAGCAAAGGACUUGUAAACGGUACAAUAGGUAAAGUGAUUUCCGUUGUUAAAGAUGUAUGGAAUAAUAAUAUAGAAAAAAUAACUUUUCUUUUGCCGUCAGGUGAAGAAUUUUUAAUUGAGAGAGUAUGUGCCAAAUUUCCCAUCAUGGAAAGAAUAUAUGUCAUUAGAAAACAAUUUCCAUUGUGUCUGAGUUAUGGAAUCACUAUUCACAAAAGCCAAGGAUUGAGUUUGCAGAACGCUAUUAUGGAUGUAGGUAAUUCUGUAUUUAGUGGUGGUCAAAUUUAUGUUGCAUUGUCUCGAGUAACGUCUUUAGAAGGACUGAAUUUAAUUAAUUAUGAUCCUUCAUCUGCAAAAGCUAGUGAAGAAGCUAUUAUUGAGUACAAUAGAGAANUGCAGAAUAAUGCGAAUAUAGUCUCGCAAAAGACGACUUCUACGCAUUCAGCGAUCUUGCAAACCAAGACCUCUGCAUAUUUUAUUGAGACUGUGUCCGAUUGA